AUGAUAGACAGAUUUACUCGGUGGCCAGAGGCUGUCCCUAUUCCUGACAUAACUGCACACACAGUUGCAAAGACCUUUUUUACUCAUUGGAUUUCCAGGUUUGGCUGUCCUGUCCGUGUUACUACUGACCAAGGCAGGCAGUUCGAAAGCUCACUUUUCGUGGCCCUGUCACAACUCCUAGGCAUCAAACGCAUCAGGACUUCUCCGUAUCAUCCUCAGGGAAAUGGCUUAAUCGAGGAGUUUCAUCGUCCACUAAAGGCAGCCCUGAAGGCCUAUAAUACCGAGCAGUGGUCUUCAGCUCUACCUACAUUGCUACUAGGUUUCCGUGCAGUCUUUAAAGAGGAUCUAGGAGCCACAACUGCCGAAUUGGUCUAUGGAAGACCUCUCAGACUACCAGGCGAACUCUUCGUUCCGUCACCGACCAGUGCUUCCCAAAAUCAACUUAUCCUGGACUUGCAAUCCCACUUCGAAAAUGUGNAAAAAAAAUUAAAAAUUAAUCCGUGA